AUGUAAAGCGGGACUUGUAGCUGAAGGAGAGCAUCCCACAAAGAUGGUAAUGAAGGCAAGGGAGGUUGAUCUGGAGCUGUAGGUAGGAGGCAUGGGUCUAACUUCUGGGCGCUGGCACCUGUGGGAAAGCACGAGUCGAGGCUGGGGACUCCUUGAGUCCCGGGCUCGGACCUCAGGCACAUGCAGAUGACCCGCAGUGUGGACAGCGUCCAGUUCCUGCCCUUUCUCACCACGGAUGUCAAUAACCUGAGCUGGCUGAGUUAUGGGGUCUUGAAGGGAGACGGGACCCUCAUCGUCGUCAACACUGUGGGUGCUGUGCUUCAGACCUUGUAUGUUUUGGUGUAUCUGCACUACUGCCCUCAGAAGCAUACUGUACUCCUACAGACUGCAACCCUGCUGGGGGUCCUUCUCCUGGGUUAUGGCUACUUUUGGCUCCUGGUGCCAGACCCUGCAGCCCAGCUUCAGCAACUGGGCCUCUUCUGCAGUGUCUUUACUAUCAGCAUGUACCUGUCACCACUGGCUGACUUGGCCAAGGUAAUUCAGACAAAGUCAACCAAGCGUCUCUCCUUCUCCCUUACCAUUGCCACCCUCCUUACCUCUGCCUCCUGGUCCCUCUAUGGGUUUCGACUUAAAGAUCCUUAUAUUAUGGUGCCCAACCUUCCAGGAAUCAUCACCAGCUUUAUCCGACUAUGGCUUUUCUGGAAGUACCGCCCAGAGCAAGACAGGAAUUAUCGGCUCCUGCAAACCUGACCACGGCCACCUAAUGCUAACUUGAUACCAAAGAGAGCGCCUUUUAUUCAGCUCAUCCUGAUGACCAGUUUCAUGGGUGCAAGUGGGAAAAAGAAAUGACUUAGAGAUCAAAGGGAUCAAAGAAAGAGCUUUACUUAGAAGAACAGGUAGAACCUAAGGGAUGAAAUCACUUAUUUUUUUAAAAGAUUAUCUUUUUUUUUCUUCAAAUUUUGGAGAUCAGGCUAUCUUUAGAAUGUGCCUUAAAAUAAACUCUUCCUCAGUCCUUGUCCA